UUCAUAGUCCUCUACAUACUCAAUUUGGUACACCAACUAAUUAGUUAUAACUCUCUUCAUUUUGUUUCUCUCUUUUCCUCCUCCUCUUUCUUCAUCAAUCUCUUGUUGUAAAUGCCUGAAAACAUGAGUAUAUCUGUAAAUGGCCAAUCUCAAGUCCCUCCUGGCUUUAGAUUUCAUCCAACUGAAGAGGAACUCUUGCACUACUACUUGAGGAAGAAGGUCUCAUACGAGAAGAUCGAUUUGGAUGUGAUUCGUGAUGUUGAUCUUAAUAAGCUCGAACCUUGGGAUAUACAAGAGAAGUGCAAAAUAGGGACCACCCCUCAAAAUGAUUGGUACUUCUUCAGUCAUAAAGAUAAGAAAUACCCCACUGGAACUAGGACAAAUCGAGCUACUGCUGCCGGUUUUUGGAAGGCUACUGGCCGAGACAAGGUAAUAUAUAGCAACUCUAGGCGGAUUGGAAUGAGGAAGACAUUGGUUUUCUAUAAAGGCCGAGCUCCUCAUGGUCAAAAGUCCGACUGGAUAAUGCAUGAGUAUCGCCUCGACGAUAAUACCACUGAAACCACCAAUGUUUCGAAUGUUAUGGGAGAAGCAAACCAGGAAGAAGGAUGGGUCGUAUGCCGUAUAUUCAAGAAGAAAAAUCACCACAAAACCCUAGAUAGCCCAAUAAGUUCAUCUAUUAGCGGAGAGGCGAGGAGCCGUAUGUUCAACUCGUGCAACGAAGGAGCUUUAGAGGAAAUUCUUCAACAGGUGGGUAGAACUUGCAAAGAGGAAAGUGAAGUCCACAAUAACUUGAGACUUUUCAGGUCAAUCGAUUCAGGGAUCCAAAAUGUUUAUAACGACUCAUUCAUGAAACUCCCAAGUUUAGAAAGUCCAAACUCCACUAGUAGCCAAAACUGUUACCAACCCAUAAUCAACAUCGAGAAUGAAAGCUCUGUGAACAAUCAAGCGAGUACAGGUACUUUCAACUCAGUUUAUCACAUGGACUCCAGUCUCACCAACUGGGCAGUACUCGAUAAGCUUGUGGCCUCCCAGCUCAAUGGCCAUACUGAGACAUCAAGACAAUUAGCAUGUUUCAAUGAGCCGACAAUGGGGUAUUGUAACCCCAGUGAUGGUCAGCAAGAUUUCCAGUUGCCAACACUGCGAUCGUCUUCAUUAUCUUCCAACAGGUCUUACCAUGGAUCAGAAGAUUAUAACAGUGAAAUAGAGCUGUGGAAUUUCACAAGAUCAUCAUCAACAUUGUCAUCAAAUGAUCCGCUAUGCCACGUGUCAAACAGAAUUGUAUAACGGAAUAAAGAAUAGUUUAUAUAUCAUUAUAUCAGAGGUCUUAAAGUCAAAGUAUUGUGAGAUUAUAGGAGUAAAAGAGAGAUAUGUAAUAUAAAAAUAAAAUUAAAAAGAAGAGAGUUUAUCUUUA